AUGGAAAUAUUUGCAUUGGAAGCGCUAGUCAAGGAGAACCAAGACAUGAACGAUGCUCUGGAUACAAAGUUAUAUGAUCAAAGAUAUCAGGCAGAAGAAGCUCACAUGAGCAAGCAAAUGGGCUUGACUGAUGAUGAAGAACGCAAGAAAUUAGCCGAACGAGUGCAGGAGCUUGAAACAAUGCGACAAGUUUUAGACGAAAUAGAAUCGAAGAUCAGUUUACUAGAUGAAGCAGAAGCAGAGCGAGAAACAGAGGAUACUGAAUUUGGUCGUCUGAAAGCACGAUACAACACAUUAGUACGUGAUAACACGACUAGACUGUCAACAGACGCUCUGUCAGAUAAUAGAACUUCCGAACUCUCACUAAAAGUACAUACGUUAAUGACUACAGCAGAAGAUGAAUUAGAGAAAUUAAUGGAAGACCGCCGCAAAUAUGACCUACUCGAUUGUGAUGUUGAUGUACUGGCGGAAAUAAAUAGUACAAUCACAGAUCACGUAGCUGCUGGAUCGUACCCUGACAUUAACCAAGACACCACUACAAACUUGAGCUCGACUUCACAGAUUAUCCUCUGCGCAAUAGUAUUACAAAUUAUACGCGAUGCUAAUGGAAUCAUUCCAUUAGCAAGUCUGAAGGAGAAGAUCGGACAAGCUGCGCGUGAGCAAGGACUACAGGAAAGUCAAGGUGUGUCCGCUGUGUAUAUGCUCGUAGCGAAUAGAUUGAUCAGUAUCGAUCGACUACAAAAAGAUAAUCCUGUUAGAGCUGACAUGUGGAUAACUAACACGCCCUAA